UGUCUGGACUAGCCCAAGCUCAUAUCUUUUUUUUUGGUUUAGUGUCGUGCUUGUGUCAGAUUCUUGCCGUCCUAGAAAGCCGGACUCCUAUUUACAACUCUACUCUAUUCCACGAAUUAUGAGUGGGAUCAUAAUUGAUUUAACUACGACGGCAAAGGCUAAAGCAAACGCGAAAUGGUUAUCGUCCAAAAUGUCUAAGGCAUGCAUGAAAUGAAAGGAAAACUUUGAUCGAGUGAAUAUACUUGAGAAAUAAAGAAGAGAAUCAGUUCAGGAUCCCAAUCCCAAACACUUCCACGGCUAAAUUUUUCCAGCUAUGGAUCAUUUUGGUGAACAUAUGGAGUUGUUAAGACUCUCCAAAUUCAAACUCCAGCUCGGAACUCUCAUCUCUGAAUUUCGAGAACUCAGAGAACGGGAGCACUCGGCGACGGAGCACCUUCAUCAUCGAAUUCAGAAACAAAAGCAAAAUGAGGAAGAUUUCGCUAGGAAGAUACAAGAAUUGCAGGCUGAAUUAUCUUCUUCUAAUGAGCAUCGGCAGAAACUUGAAAGAAAGGUAAUUUAUCUUCAGAAUGACAAUGUUUUGCUUGAAAACAAGCAAAAAGAGUUGAAGGAAACUAUACACAACCUAAUCCAAUCCAAGGAAUGUUUUGCAAAUGCGUAUGAGGAAUCCAAUUGUGAUAUGAAGCGCGCAAUUCAAACAAGGGAUAGGAAGCUUGGCGUGCUAUCUGAAAAAGUAAAGUCUCAUUUAUUGUUAUUUGAUUCAAUAGAGAAAGAGGCAGUUUCCGUCAAGCAAGCUGUCGAUAAUGUGCAACACACUAUGAGUGAAAAAGAAGAUGUAGUGGCUGACUUAAACAACAAAUUGGAUAAAGUCUCUGCAUUCGAGAAAGUAUUUGUUGAAAAGAUUGGUGACUUGGAAGAAAAACUGAAAUGUGAUGAAGAUGAGAUACAAAGAAAAACUAUAGUAAUCUUGGAGCUUGAAGCACAGGUCCAGGCAGCAAAAAUUAGUACAGCCUUUCAAACACAGAUAGAUGAGCUUCAGAAAAUUCUAUCAUCAAAAGACGCAGUCAUUGAGAAUCUAAUUUUGGAGAAAGAGGCUUUGCACUCUGAACUUCGGAGUUUGGGUAUUGUCAUGAAGAAUAUUCAGGACAAUCUCAUAAAUAUGAAUGAAGGGGAUAAAGACAGAUUCGCCUCAAUACUUGAAUACCAAGAAGGAAACAACAUGGCUUUGACAAAGGAUAACAGGAUUAAAAAUGUGAAUCAAAACAGCACAGGAAGAUGCUCAAGCAAGGCUUACAGGAUAGGGGAUGCAGCAUGUACAGAUUCAUCUCUAUCUCCAAAAUCUGUUGGCAUACACUUACUGGAAAACAAUAACGUGGACUCGUGUGUGUCAGAGGCAACUUCCUCGGAGCCUCAAUCAGCAAUUAAUGCUCCAUGCAUUUCUGCAAAUGACGAGAAUGUAUGGGAUAAUGCAUUUUUAUCCCACCUUGGCUACUUGAAUUCAUUUUCACUAAAAAAAUUCUUUAAGGAUUUGUGUGAUUACUUUUUUGAUUUAGUUUCUGAGGAUAACCACACAACAUCAAUACAUGCUCCGAAUACCGAGUCCUCAACAACCCAAGAAGAAGCCUCCAAAGUUCCAGGUGUUUGGAGGUUACAAAAUCAUGUGGGAAAGGAUUUGGGACGUUUUGGAAAAAUCACAUUUUUGGCUGAAAAAAGGCUGUGGUUGCGGCCACUGUCUUUCCCUGGCCGCGGCCUGGGGGACAGAGGCCAGUGAGGUUGACAACCUAUCUGGAUUUUCAAUUUUUUCCAAAUUGAACGUUAUAACAUCCCAAAUAACUCUCAAAUCUCCAUUUUAAUUCCAUAAACAUCCAAUUAAACAUUGGUAACAGUCAUGGGUGUUGGUGGAAUUUGAAAUCCAAAGGGGUAUCUCAAACUCUAUAAAUGAGAGCCUAAUGCUCACUUGUAAGACACACCAUUUUUUCAUCCACAAAGUACUUGGCUGGAAAAUUCACCUUGAGGCUUGAUAAUUCCAGAGGGCUAUUUCCUAGAGAGAUCCCUUAGUGCUUAGAGAAUAGGGGGAAAUAAGCUUUUGGACAAAGGUCUUGAACCUUGUUCAAGUUGGUGAUCCCCACUACUCUACACUUUGGUUGUGUGAGAGUUUGUUUGUGUUUUUAUUCUUUUGUUCCUCUUGUUCUUCUUAUUUACUUGUAUUAUUAUAGUAUUGAGUUUGUAAUCCUCUUCUCAAUUUCUAUUUACAUAUUCAUUGGUAUCUUUUGUUUUAGGGUUUUAGAUCUUAUAAUUCUCUUCCUUCUCUUAUUUCUAUUUACUUGUAUUUUGAGCAAUUGAGUUGUAAUAUUUAUUUAAUCAAUUACCUUGUCUAUUGUAUUCUUUGCAUAGAGUUGUAUUUUGGUUUUUCCAUAUUUCCAUUGAGUAUAAAAAUAUAUUCUCUAACAUAUAUGUUGGGGUUUUAUGCUCUAAUUAAAACUCAAAUUCUUUGUAAUCUCAUUUCUUAUCAAUAAAAGAAUAAA